AUGGGAGCCAAACGCGAUUACGAGUGGGUCUACACCGAUGAACCGCACGCCACCCGACGGGCACUGAUUUUGGCCAAAUAUCCGCAAAUUAAACAACUUAUGAGAGCCGACCCUCACAUCAAAUGGAUAGUCGUUUGUAUGGUUUUCGUACAAUUGGUCUCAUUUUAUUUAAUAAGAGAUGUGACCUCUUUCUGGCAAUUAUUUUUGUUGGCCUAUUGUUUCGGCGGUUCUAUUAAUAUAUCACUGCAGACAGCCAUCCAUGAGAGCGUUCACAAUCACCCGUUUGGGCCCUCCCGGCCGAUGGCCAACAAAGCGCUCGGCAUUUUUGCCAAUUUGCCGAUUGGUAUACCUAUUAUGGGCUCCCAUAAGAAGUAUCACUUAUUACACCAUCGAUAUCAGGGCGACGACAUACUCGACACAGACAUCCCGUCCCGUUUUGAAGUAAUGUUUUUUAAUUCAACACUUAUGAAGACAAUAUGGAUGGUAUUGCAGCCCGUGUUUUACGCACUGAGGCCUAUAUUGGCUCAGCCAUCGUUUGUGGUAAACCCCAGUCCUCUGGAACUGACGAACAUUAUUAUCCAAUUACUAUUCAACGUAUUGAUUGGCCAAUGGCUGGGAUGGCAUGUCGUGGCGUAUAUGAUCGGCGGAAUGGUGUUGGGUAUGGGUUUGCACCCAAUGUCCGGACAUAUAAUCUCUGAACACUUUGUGAUGUUUGACGAGAGGAUUGAUUUGUUAAAGAAGAUUAAAAAAGAUCACAUCGAGACCGACGAGUAUCUGAAACUAAUGCCUGAGACCUAUUCAUAUUACGGACCAAUUAAUAUGAUAAUGUUUAACCUGGGCUAUCACGUCGAGCACCACGACUUCCCGUCCAUUCCCGGUGCAAAUCUGCCCCGAGUUCGGGAAAUCGCUCCCGAAUUUUACGAUUCCCUUCCGUCGCACAGUUCGUGGACUUAUGUCAUCUGGAAGUAUAUAACGGAUCCAAAGAUCGGUCCCUAUUCUCGAGUCAAACGACCGCAUCGUUUCGGGAAAAAGGAUGAAAAGGCCGUCGAUUUUAUGAAUGAAGUCAAUGCAGUAAUUGUUAAGUAA